CAAAAACCUACUAAAAGAGAAUUAAUUUUACUCCAAAAAAUCAAACAAUUAGAGGAACAAUUAAAUCAAACGACAACUGAACGCGAUAACUUAAAACAAUUACUCCAACAAGAAAAACAACGAGCCGACAAUGCCGAGCAGCAAUUACGGGAAAUGAGGCAACACUUAGAGCCAGAAACCCAAUCCCAAAUAAUUCAAUCACCACCCACAAAACUUAAAAUUAGUAAAUAUGGAUAA